AUGUUGUAAUUUGAUAUCGAAGUGAUAAAUGGGAAAAUGCUUUAAUUAUAUCAAGAUAAUCAAGGAAUCAAGUUUAAUUCGUAACUCCACAGGUCGUCAAUAAGAGAUACUUAUUUCUAAUAAAAUAACAACUAAGAUAUACCCAAAUAUAGAGGUGCUAACUCGAACUAUUAUUAAUUUGCUAAAUUUCAUUAAACAAAAGGUAAUGAGAUUACCCACUAUCAAUUGAGAAAAUGUUUAGUCUACAAUCAAUAUUCUAAUUAGCUUAUACAUUGUAAUUACAAUAAACUAUGUUUUUAUAAUCCAUGUAGCUACAAAUAACAUAUUUAAAUAAUAGAAGAUAAUUUUAAUAGUGUAAGCAUUAGUCAAUGUGACGAUCAAAUUUUAUUGUAAGUAUUUAUAUAUAAACAAAAGAGCAGGCUUAAAUUCAAACAUUCUUUUUUUUUCAUUGAGAAAUGGUUAAAGAUCAGAAUACAAAUUGGCGGAGAAUGGUGAAUGCAUCAUAAAUUAAGCAGAUUUUAUAAACAAUCAUGAGAUCAUAGUAAGCGACAAUGAUAAUCAAAUUCGUAUUUUCGAUCCUGAAAAUUUAAAUUAGGAAAAAUACCUAGCAACUUGUAAGUAAUCCCAAUAACAAAGGCUCUCAUUGUGUAAAUCAUUGCGCAAUUUAAAACCACCUUAUUAUUGCUUGUCUAGACAAACCCUAGAUACAUGGUUUUGAUAGAAGAGACUCAAGAUCUUCCUUAACUUUAAAAGGCCAUGUUAGUAAUAACUUUGUUGCUCGAUUCGAUCCGACGAACGAGAUGAAAGUUGCUACUUCUGGUGAGGAUAAAAAAUGUUUAAUAUGGGAUUUGAGAAAUUAUCAAGUACCUUUUGAUUAAGUAGAUGCAAUCUCAAAAACCUUCUAUAACAUUUUAUAUAAUAAUCAGGGUCAGUUGAUAUGCAUCGAAAGCAAUGAUUUUGUUUAGAUUGUUAACUUGGAGAAUUCAAAACUAUAUUAAGUGAUUGAUUUCUUUGGGUAAUGCGGUGGAUGCACCAUCUACAAAGAUAAAAUGUACUUCAAUUUGUAGUCUCAUCGAAAAAUGGGCUUAUUUGAGUAUAAUUUAAUUAAUAAUAAUAACUUUUGA